ACGGCCGAGCGCGCGGAGCCAGAGCAAGCCAGCCAGCUAGCGGCUCACACGCUGCUCGUCGCUCAGCCGAGACGGGACGCACGAGGAGACGCGCAUCGCGUACUCUCUGUCCGUGUGUAUGCUAACGCGUCCAACUCCAACGCGUAUUAUACAUCCCCGAGUACACGCGACUCGAUUUUUCGUUGCACGUGAUACAUUUUUUUCCGAUUGGUAAAUCAACCACUCGUUCUUUGUACUUUUUUUGUUUUUUUGUUUUUCGUUUUUUUCAUUGAAAAGAAGAAGGAAAGAAAAAAAUCAAUUAUAUAUAUUUUUUUUCCUCUUCCCAUACAAUUUCCAAGUGCCGCGAAAGUUUGCAAGAUUUUUUGGGGUGCAAAGGUAUUGUUUGUCCACGUGAUAUCGCCACCCUUGUUUUGGCCGACUCCAAAACGCGUGAUGACAAUUGUGUACUUGUGUUAUUGUUUUGUUUUGUUCCACCUUGUUUCCCUCAUGUGAAGCACAUAGACGGCAAACUUGAUUGUACGAGUACUGUGCGGUGAAUUAAAAGGUUCCAACAAAGUGACAGUUUUUAUCAGUUAGUUGAUCGUUCCUUCGAUAGCAAGGACUAGUGCUACGGAUGUACACGGUACAAAUUGUGUGCACGAGGGAUGAAACCAAGUGUGCGAUGAUUGUUCGGUCCGAUGAAACGUGACAUUGUGAGUUAAGAGCCCGUGAGUUCCGCGAGUAGGUGAAAGAAGGAAAGGCAGAAAAGAGAGAUUGGCGCGCGAUUGGUGUUGAAAUAAUAAGGUGACCGUGGGCACAUACGUAUACAUGUGUACACACGUAUGUACGUACGUUGUAUUUAUAAUGUAAUGCAAAGCAGCGGUAAUGGACAGACAGACGGAGCUGUGAGGCAUUAUCAUCGGGGCCGGCGUGUGCGUGCGUGUGUUACAGCCAGACGAUUUCUCCUUUUUUUGGUGCGCGUAAAAAAGACGCGACAACGUCGAUUGUAGAAAAAACAAAAAAAAAAAAAAGAAGAAGAGGAGAAGAAGAAGGAAACAACGCGACGAUGAUCAUGACGACGACGAUGACGAUCGCCAGUAGUACCUUUACCACCUCCGUCAACUUAUUAAGUAGAAGUAGCAGCCGCGGCAGAAGUAACGCGCAGACGGCGGCCUCGCUGCUGUAUUAGUAAAGAGAGAGAGACACGCUCUUCUCUCUCUCUCUCUCUCUCGCUUGGCCUUUUUUUUCUCUCCUCGUAUAUUUUAUAAUACACACCAUAACUACUCAUCGUAGUCGUGUGUAUAGCGCACUACAAGGAAAAAAAGAAGAAAAAAAGGAAAGAAAAAUCUUGAAGCGUCCUUCUUUUGAAUUCUCUCCCCAUCUCUCCUCGGUCUACAAGUGUACAUAUACAUAUACAUAUAUAUAUAAGACACAUAAAAGCGUGGUGGCCGCGACUAGGCUGGCUCUCUUUUGUGUCAAUGACUUUUGGAUUACGAGAGAGGAGCGGCUCCGCGGCUGCCGCAUCUAGGCAUCAUCAUCAUCAUCAUCAUCAUCGGCUAAUACAACAACAGCAGGAGCAACUACACCUACUAUUACCAUUACUACAUCGCUUCGUCGUUGUCGUCUUUGACAUUAUUGCAGACGAGAGAAAGGAACGAGCUGUUGACGACAAACUCGCCGCAAGUUGAUUUCACCGAUAAAAAUGGCACACCAAACGUACAUGGGUUACAACCCGCGCGGCCCAAUGGCGGGCAUGAGCCCCAUGGGAAUGGGCACAAACUACCCGAGCAUGGGUCCAGUAAAUCCUAUGGUUUCGUCCAUGACGUCUUCUAUAAACACCAUGCAAAACCAAACAAUGAUGGGCAUGAGCGGUGGAGCUGGGACAGCUCCGUCCGCUAAUGUCACAGGCAUGAGCGGCAUGCCGGGCGUUGCUCCUCUCAACUCCAUGAAUUCCAGUUUAAACAUGAUGUCGUCUAUGUCUACGGCUGGUCACAAAAUGACCAUGCAGUCACAGCAACAAGCGUACACCAGUCACGGGAGACGAGCCUCCCCUUACCCGAACGCCUCGAUGCACAUGUCGCAGAGACGCAUGCAACAGCAAACCAGCCAGCAACAAAUGCCGUACGGCACCGUGAACCCUGCAUCGGCGAUGGGCCACACGGGCUACGGCGCCAUGACCGCUGCUGGGCAACAGUAUGCCACGACUGCCUACUCGGCGACCCCGGCUGGCCGACCCAGUCCCUACCAGACGGCCCAGUCCCAGCAAAUGACGCAGCACUCGGUGGAGUUACAGCGUCAGCAACAACAACAGUACCAGCAACAGCAGCAGCAUCUCGCGAUGCAGCAGCAACAGCAGAUGGGGGUCGGCAUGCCCGCGACGGGCUACGGGGCGACCACGGCCUCGACGAUGAUGCGCAACGUCGGUGGGGUCAGGCAUCAGCAGCAGCAGCAGCAGCCGCAGCAGCAACAGCCGUCCCAGUCCCAGAUGCUGACGCACCAGCAGCAGUUGCAGCAACAGACGAUGGCCCCAGGUUACGGGGCCAUGUCCAACCAGGCUAGUCAGUACUACGGCGGUCAGGCGCCCACGAUCAACCCUGGCAGUAACGUGAACAGUAUCGCCGGCAACGUGACGAGUAACAUGAGCGCCCUUAGCGGUAACAUUAACGUCAACGUCAACGUCAACAUGGGCAGCCAGCACAUGCACCACCAGCAAGGCAUGGCUGGUAUGCAGCACCAACAGCAGCAGCAAGUCAUCGGCAGCAUGCCGUCCCAGCAGCAGGGUAUCGUGACGAUGCAACCUCAGCAACAGACCCUCGCGAGUAGCAUCCAGCAACAGCAGCAGCAACUGACGGGAGUCGUACCGCAGAACAAUCCGGCAGUGAUGGCGGCAAGCGCAGUGGCACAGUACCACCAGCAGCAACAGCAACAGCCGCAGCAGCAACAACAACAACAACAGCAGCAGCAGCAGCAGCAGCAGCAGCAGCAGCAGCAGCAACAGACCCCGGGCACAGCUGGGGGUUACGGGCAGGGCGCCUCGCCCUACGCGAUGAACAACGGGCAGUAUCAGCCCGACAACUCGCCAUUGAGAUCUGCCGCCAAUGUUCAGGCCAGUGGCAACCAGAUGAACUAUCAGCACAGUCCGAUACCUGGGAACCCGACGCCCCCGUUGACACCCGCCUCCAACAUGCCACCCUACGUCAGUCCGAACGGCGACGGCAAGCACGGCUUCAACGACAUUAAGCCCAUAAUGCCAAAAGAGGACGAGCUGCGACUAACAUUCCCCGUGCGAGACGGCAUCCUCCUGCAACCGUUCCGCCUCGAGCACAACCUGGCCGUGAGCAACCACGUGUUCCACCUGAAGCAGAUGGUCCACCACACCCUCACUUGGCGGUCGGACCUCGAGCUCCAGCUGAAGUGUUUCCACCACGAGGACCGAACGAUGAACACGAAUUGGCCAGCGAGCGUGCAGAUAUCGGUCAACGCGACGCCCCUUGUCAUCGACCGCGGCGAGAACAAGACAUCCCACAAACCACUGUACCUGAAAGACAUCUGCACGCCCGGGCGCAACACCAUACAGAUCACCGUUGCCGCGUGCUGUUGCUCGCACCUCUUCGUCCUACAACUGGUUCACCGACCCACGGUGCACAGCGUACUGCAGGGACUGUUGCGCAAACGCCUGCUCCCGGCCGACGUUAGCGUGGCGAAGAUCAAGAGGAACUUCAACAGCUCUCUGACCGUCAACGGAAUCCCGGCGGAAAAGGACGUUGUCGAGCAAACCUCCAUCAAGAGGUGCUGUUUACGUAUUUUUCAGAUAUCGCUCAAGUGCCCGAUCACGUACAAGCGAAUCUCGCUGCCGGCGAGGGGCCAGGACUGCAAGCACAUACAGUGCUUCGAUCUGGAAUCGUAUCUCCAGCUAAACUGCGAUCGAGGCAGCUGGAGGUGUCCAGUGUGCUCUAAACCCGCCCAGUUGGAGGGUCUCGAGAUAGACCAGUACAUAUGGGGCAUACUGAGCAACACGAACACGCCAGACAUCGAGGAAAUAACGAUAGACUCCUCGGCCAAUUGGAAGCCGAAAAAGGUGGACGAGGAAAAUGGCAACGAGUGCAAGUCGCGAUUGACGAAGGCCAUGUCACCGGGCAGUACGAAUCUGCCGCCCAUGAACAGCUGGAUCGACGCGAACCAGAUGAGCCCUUACAUGGUACCCGACAUGAAUAGCAUCGUCAGUGGCUCGAUGGUCAACGGAAGCACGUCGCAGCAACAACAGCAACAGCAACAACAACAACAACAAAGCCAACAACAGCAGCAGCAACAACAACAAGCAUACGCGCACAGGAAUCCAGGAACGCCUUCGUCGGGGCAAGGAACCAACAGCGGUAGCAUGAGCGGUGACCUCGCAAGCUUGACCGGACAGCCCGGACAGAACGACUUUGGGGCGAACAGCGGGAUGCAGCACCUCGGCGAGCACGGCUCGCUCGACCAUCUAGCCGGCAUCGAUAAAUCGCUCCACGAUCAGAUGCCCCACACGCCGCACACGCCCCACACGCCGGGCAACACGGGCGGCAACAGCGGGCCCCCAAGCGUCGCGGCCUCCUCGGUGGCGCAAGACACCAGUGGCAACAACCUAAACACGUCGACGGGCAGCAGUGCCGUCAACACGACCGGGGCCUCGGUACCCGACGCCUCCGACAUCAUCGGCACCGAGCUCAGCUUCGACCCCACAACGGUCAUUGGCGACGGGGAUGCCGGCCAGGAGGCCCUCAACCUCUUGCCAGACAACGUCGUCGACCCGAUGGAGCUGCUUUCGUACUUGGAUCCGCCCGACUUGAACACACCGCCGAGCAGCGGCGCGAGCAGCGGCAAUCCACCCUCGAACGACGACUUUUUCAACCUCUUCGAGUAAGACACCUCGAUUGGGCGACAAUCGAUAGAUCGAUCGACCAAUCACACGAGAGAGCCAAUCAUAAACGGUCACAACGAUACUACGAUGCAGUCGACGUUGUGAUCUUGAUGCGGUAUCACGUAAAAAUAUCUGCAUGUAUGCGCUGAGCGCGCAAGUGCACGUGUACGUGUAUAUUUAUGCACACGUUUCGAAUCGAUGCGACAAGGGCGCGUCGGGCGAAUAAAGUCCCCGCGAAGGCCUCGCACCUCGGCCCGUCGUCGCAGCUGCGACACACGAGUACACGUAUAACAUGUGUAUAUCGUACACUACGGCAGGGGAGCGAGACAAACGCCCUCUUACAAGUAUACAUGUAUAUCUAAUCGUAAGUAGGUGGUGUACACCUAUAUACGUACAUGGGUACGUGUGUGUAAGCGCGCGCGGGUGAGCGUAUACGUAUGGAUACGUGUGCAUAUUGCGGGUGUCGGGAAUCUCGAAACUUGAAUUUUUUUCCAAAUGUUCCUAAUAUGUAAUGCGCGAGAGGCGGUGUGAAUCGAUGUUUCAUGAAAUGCCGCAGCUGCUAGCGCGCCCACAGGGAGAGAGAGGUGGCACAGGCGCGCGCCUUCCUAAUUAAAAAAGAAAAAGAAAAGAGAAACGAUUAAUGAUAUUAAGCGUAUAUGGCGAACGAAAUGAUUUUGAGGGUGUCGGAAGGGGUGAAACGAGCAAUAACGUGCAAAUUAUCGAUACGGAUGUACGAGAUAAUGCUGGGGAAGAAGAAGAAAGUUUAGAUUAAAAAAAAAUAAAUAAAUAAAAAUAUGAAGUAUAAUAGUAAUUAUUAUAGUAGUAAUAAUGAUAAUGAUUAUGAUAUGAAGAAGAAAAAAAACUUGUAGCGAAGUAAGUCGACGGCAAUUUUGGGGCUUCGAAACGAAACGAGCGAGGCUCCGGUUUGUUCGUCGUUGUGUAUUUUAUCGCCCGGCCUAUACAUACAUACAUAUAUUUACUCACGCAAGGGGCGUUCGUAAAUACUUAUGUUACAGACGAGUAAGGUAAAAAUCUGCAUCAUUUGCCCGGAAAAUACGCACGUUUUGUCAUAGAAACGUUUUAACGAAAACUCGAGAUGAGUCUUUUUUAAUUCCAAACGAGAGACACGCGGAUCCACGCUCAGUUUGGUGAAUCUAUUUUAACGCUAAUGAUGAAAAAAAAAAAAAAAAAAAAAAAAAAAAAAAAAAAAAAAAAAAAA